GCCGCCAAUUCCAAAAUUCCAAUUCGAAAUCUCCCACCCAAAAUUCCCCACACCCGCGCAUAAAUCCACCCGCUCCCUCCAUUCCCCGAGCCACAACCACCCCCAAAAUCCCACCCCGAACGAAGCCGCCAGUCGAUCAAUCUUGCCGGCGGUUGCGAGACGAUGCCGGCGGCCGCGCUGACGAUGGUGGACGCCGGGGAGCCGCUGCUGGCGGAGUCCUCGGACCGCUUCUCCAUGUUCCCGAUCCGGUACCCGCAGAUCUGGGAGUUCUACAAGAAGGCGGUGGCGUCCUUCUGGACGGCGGAGGAGGUGGACCUCUCCUCCGACGCGCGCCACUGGGACGGCACGCUCUCCCCCGACGAGCGCCACUUCAUCUCCCACGUGCUCGCCUUCUUCGCCGCCUCCGACGGCAUCGUCCUCGAGAACCUCGCCUCCAGGUUCAUGUCCGACGUCCAGGUCGCCGAGGCCCGCGCCUUCUACGGCUUCCAGAUCGCCAUCGAGAACAUCCACUCCGAGAUGUACUCGCUGCUGCUCGAGACCUACAUCCGCGACGGCGCCGAGAAGGACCGCCUCUUCCGCGCCGUCGACACCGUCCCCGCCGUGCGCCGCAAGGCCGUCUGGGCCAUGCGCUGGAUCGACGGCGGCGAGCGCUUCGCCGAGCGCCUCGUCGCCUUCGCAUGCGUCGAGGGCAUCUUCUUCUCGGGCUCCUUCUGCGCCAUCUUCUGGCUCAAGAAGCGCGGCCUCAUGCCGGGCCUCACCUUCUCCAACGAGCUCAUCUCGCGCGACGAGGGCCUGCACUGCGACUUCGCCUGCCUCCUCUACGGCCUCCUCAACAGCAAGCUCGACGAGUCCCGAGUCCGCGAGAUCGUCGCCGACGCCGUCGACAUCGAGAGGGAGUUCAUCUGCGACGCGCUCCCCUGCGCCCUCGUCGGCAUGAACGCCGGCCUCAUGGGCCAGUACAUUGAGUUCGUGGCAGACCGCCUGCUCAUGGCGCUCGGCUGCGCCAAGAUGUACAACGCCGCCAACCCCUUCGACUGGAUGGAGCUCAUCUCCCUGCAGGGCAAGACCAACUUCUUUGAGAAGCGCGUCGGAGACUACCAGAAGGCCUCUGUCAUGUCCAACCUCAACGGCGGUGCCGCAACAAAUCAUGUCUUCAGCAUUGACGAGGACUUCUAAAUCUACCUCUUCUUCUCUAGCCAUGGGUUGCCCAUCUUAGUCGCGUACCAGUGCUGCAUAAUUCGAAUAAUGUUAUAUAUAAGUUAUAGUAGUACUGUGCUACUGGUUCUUGCUCGUGCUGUAAUAUGUAAUGUAAUGAAACAAGCUAUUAUACCUGA